AUGUAGGCCAGGGCCGCGCGGGCGGGGCCGGGGCGAUGGGGAAUCUGUUCGGGCGCAAGCGGCGGAGCCGGGUCACCGAGCAAGAUAAGGCCGUGCUGGUGAGAGCAAAGAAGGGGCUGGGAGGCAGGGAAGGCGGCGGCUGCAGGAGCAGGAGCAGGUUGCUGUGACUUGAGUGCAAAAGGCUGCAAGGUAGCCAGCAAAUGUGUGCUGCAAAGGAGCCCCUGUGCCUUGACAGAGCCCGGACCCGCAUUUAUCCCACGUAAACCCAUGUUUCCACCGUAUGUGACAUGCCCAAUUCCCCUGUAUUUAUUUAUUUAUUGGCAGUUUGUUUGGGUGGGGAAGAAAAGUGAUUUUUGGCAGGUGUUGUUUCUCCUAAAUGGGGUGGGAAAGCCAAAGAUCUCUUUCUUAACACAGCUGUUGAAAGUUAAAGGAACUUUGGCUUCUUUUCGGACUGGCUACACUUUCUGUUUCUCUCUAAAAAGAAAAAGAAAGAAACCCGAGCAAACGAACGGAAGUCGUGGUGGUGGCUGUCGUGUUCCGGAUUACUUUGGCAGUCAGGUGGAAAUACUCCCAGGCGGAGUAUUUAUAUUAAGAGCAGCAAAGCACUAUAGAAAAAAAUCAGCCUUGAAUUUAACAGCUUGCCUAGUAACAGCCAUAGGUGACCAGGAAUUGCAUGCAGGCGAGUUCGUGGGGUCGGGCAGUUGGAGAAGGGGCUUCAGUGCUCCAUCUGCCAGCCUGCCUAGUUCCCAGGCAAGCUGUGGAGGAAGGAAAGCCUAUUUGCCCAUGACCAAGCUGCUGGGAGAGGGACAGGUUGUGCUGCCUCUCUUCCACCAGUCUGUUAUAAAAACCACUACUGAAGAGGUUAUUUGCCUGCAUUUCCUUACUGUCUGUGGAGGAGUAUCAUAGAAUCAGAGUUGGAAGGGACCCUGUAGAUCAUCUAGUCCAACCCCCCUGCAAUGCAAGAAUAUGCAGCUGUCGUAUACACGGAUCAAACCUGCAACCAUGUCAUUAUCAGCACUAUGCUUCUCCCUUCUUCGCAGCCAGGAUAGAAAUGCAGCCUCGUCAUUUGGGGGGGGGGGGUUCAUUUGGAAGGCUAUUAUAAAAUAGUAGCACACUAUGUAGAAUGAGAAGUUUCGAGGUUGAAAUAAGAUGCCCCCAGACUGAGGGUAUAAAGUCACAGUGCUUUGGGAAUGAUGGGAGCUCUGUCUGGUGAAGUCUUGAGAUUCCACUGGAAUAUCAUUUAUAUAGAGCUGGAAUAUCUAGGUCAAUAUCUUAGCCACAAAUGUGUUCCCUAUCCUUGACCAUAGUUUGUGAAAUAGGAGAGCAGUUGUGCAAGCUGCAUCCUAAACACUGUUACUGAAAAGUUUUCAGAACCCUUUGCUAGUGGGAAAACAAUCUCCAGGAGUAUGGAGAAAGCUGAGGCCUCCACUACAUUAGAGACACCCACCCCCACAGUGCUUUCUCCUGCUGAUGGAGAGGAUUUUGUGUGCCAUCCUGCUCACCAACCCCCAUUCAUCAACAUGGAGAAGGGAGUAGGAUUGUAUUCUUAAGUCCCUUUGAACUGUUAGUGACUUAUGAACAAGCAUGUUUAGGAUUGUGCUCCCAUGGUAUCUGUAAAUGAUUGAAUACCAUGUCUAUGGUGUGGAAGAGUUUUCUGAGUGUCAGAAAGACCAGUGUUUUCAACACAAAGAGCCUGUGUUCAGCCUGUCACAUUCCAACUCCUUGAACUGCACCAGAGAUGGGGAACCUGUGGCACACCAGAUGUUGGGUUCCAGCUCCCAUAAUUUUGGACCAUCCAACAUGCUAAUGGAGUCCCAGCAACAUCUGGAAAGCCACAGGUUCCCCAUCCCUGGUGUAUAUAGACUUGUGGCAGCUCUCCAGGAUUUCAGACAGCCCUUAUCUGGAGAUACUAGGGAUUGGCUGCUUUGUCAUCACACCACUUUAUUUCGCCACUGCAUCUGGUGUAUUCCAGCUGUGGAUUUGUUUUCUGCAUUUUUCUCCAAGCACAUUUGAAAAUGCUUCCUAUCUUGGCAUCCAUUGCCAGUCUCACUUUCAGCAGUGAUCGGCUCCACUCAGGAUCCCCUAUCAUAGAAUCAUAGAACUGUAGAGUUGGAAGCAUAGCUGUCAAUGUUUCCCCCUUUUAAAGGGAAAUUCCCUUAUUCCUAAUAGGAUUCCUCACAAGAAAAGGGAAAAGUUGACAGGUUGGAAGGGAGCCUGGGGGGGGGGAUCAGUUAGUCCAACCCCCUGCAGUGCAGGAAUCUCAACUAGAUCAUACCUGACAAAUGGCCACCCAACCUCUGUGCAGAUGGUUCUUCCUGACUAAGUGCAGAACCUUACAUUUGUCCCUACUAAAAUUCACUUUUGGUCCAGUUCUCCAAUCUGUUAAGGUCAAUUGAACCCCGAUUCCGUCUUCUGCAGUAUUAGCUACCCUUCCCAGUUUGGUGUCAUUGGCAUAUUUGAUAAGUACCCCCUCAAUUCCUUCGACCAAGACAUUUAUAAAGACAUUGAACAACAUUAGCCAAAAAACAGAACCUUGUGGCUACUCACUUGUCACGUUUUUGAAGAUUUGCGUUCAGCACUGAAUUUAAGUUCAGAGUCUCAGGGUUACUCUGCAGUAUCCAUUCUAAUAUUUAGGGUGCCCCUAAUAAUGUAGAGGUGUCAAAAGCUAGAUGUAGCCAUCGGAAUUGGAACUGUACUCAGUAAAGCAUUGCAGUGAGUCUGUCCCUUAACUACUGAAGUCUUUGCCUUAAUACAGUUCUUACUUAAAACCAGCUGCUUGCCAACUUUUUCAUUUAGUUCUUAAUAGUCUCAUUUAGUUUGCAUACUAACAAGAGGUAUAAAUGCCCAGUCUGCGUCUCAGUGGUGAGAAAUCCAUGGCCUUUUAGUUAUUAGCAUGGCCAAUCAUCAAGGAUGAUGAGAGCUGGAGUCCAGCAACAUCUGGAGGGUCAAAGGUUUCACAUCUAGCUGAACAUCCCCCCCUCCACUAGCUAUUGCCCUGGGAAUACAACAUCCCUAUGCUCCACUAGCUGAACAUUGUGCCCCAAAUCUGAAUUCCACAUACUGUUUUGUAAGUCUGGAAUAUCAUCAGAUAGAUGCUGCUAGUUUUAUUAUGCUGCGGCCUGAGAGCAAAAGCAAUUUGACCAACUUGAAGGAGGAAACACAUGGUAAAGCACUCUAAAACUUUUUUUGUCUCUCUCCCACUUCUCCCAUGAGGUACGAUGUUUCUUACCUGAGAGCCAAAGGCAGUGAGUUGGUGUUUAACUUUGCAAGGUGGAACUUUAAGCUUCUUCUGCUGUUUUUGCAGCAAGCCAAAAACGGGAAUAACAAAGUAGGUUUGAGGGAUCAGGCUGCUGGGCUUAUAAGCAGGUCUGCCUUAAAGGGAGAUUUUGGUUUCUCUUUUCCAGUGGUCAUCCUAGCAAGGCUUGUUGGUGCACCUUCUAAUGCCCAAUUUAUUUUCUCCUGUAGCAACUGAAACAGCAGCGGGACAAACUAAAGCAAUAUCAGAAAAGGAUAUCGCUGCAGCUGGAGCGGGAGAGGGCAUUUGCUCGGCAACUAUUAAAAGAUGGCAAGAAAGAGUAAGUCAUUCCAAGUCACUUUGCACCCUUUCCAUACGGAGGUGCUCAGUUUAUGGGCUGGUUCAGAAAGUUAAGGUCUUCUCAGUGAGAUGAACCAUAACUGCCCCUGUGGCCUCUCUUGUAUGGGUAAAGCUUGAAUUGACAUAUUGCAUUCCACUGAUAACGGCUAAAUGAUUCCCAUUAUUUCAACACGUGAAGCAUUUACUUCCACACUUGAAACUGCCUAUGGGAAGCUUUCUUUACAAGUGCAUCCCUGGAGGAAAUUGAGGUGCAUCAUGUAGAAACCUUAAAUCUCUCAGUGGCCAUGGUUUAAUAUUUAAGCUGAAUACUGCUGUUGCUGGUGAAGCGUUCUAACUACCUUGGCUCAGCCUGCAUAAUAACGCAGUGCUAAAAUGAAUAUUUUCAUGCAUAAGGUUCCAGGCUCAGUCCUUGGCAUCUCUAGUGAAACAUGGCGUGGCUAGGAGCUACUUUGGUACUAAAUGUACCAGGAAUUGAUAUAACACAUAAGGGAAAGGCUGUAGCUCAGUGGAGUAGCCUGCACAAGGUCCCAGGUUCAAACUCUGGCAUGGCCAGAUAGGGCAAGGAAAUAAUCCUGUCUCUAAGGAAAUCUGCUGCCUGUCAGAGUAGACCAGGGUGGGGAACCAGUGGCCCUCCAAAUGUUGUAGGACUCUGAUUCCCAACAUCUAGCACAGGCAUAGGCAAACGCCAGCCCUCCAGAUGUCUGGGACUACAAUUCCCAUCAUCCCUAGCUAAUAGGACCAGUGGUCAAGGAUGAUGGGAAUUGUAGUCCCAAACUUCUGGAGGGCUGGAGUUUCCCUAUGCCUGAUCUAGCAUAUCCAUUGGUCCAAGAAACUAUGGCUAUUGUAUAUGAAUGAUAGAAAUAACCCCAACAACAUCUGGAGGACCACAGGUUCCCCAUUCCUGGUAUAGACUGUACUGAGUUUGAUAGAUCACUGUUUUGACUUUGUAUAAGGCCACUUCCUGUGCUCCUAACUCCAGUGAGAAGAGUGAUUUGAAGCUGUAUAAGCUUUGCUAAAAUUUCUAAACGGGUACUACUGAGCAUUCUUAAAAUGUUCCUUUAUUGCAUCCUGCUGGAGAGAGGAGUCCUUUUGAUGAUCGGUCACACAAUGGGCAGCUUCAUUCAUGUGACACAACCAGCAGAGAAAUAACGAAUCUUCCUCACAAUGCCAGGACUUAGGCAUCUAAUGAAAUGGAUUGCCCUAAGCCUGCAGUCAGACAGAAGGAAGCACUUCACAUGUUGCAAAAUUAAUAAUUGAAAAAUUAAAUAUUGUGAUGGCCGCGAGCUUUAAUAAAAAUUUUAAAGGGUCAAGUAAGUAGAGAAUAUACAUAUUAGUUAUUGCUGGUCAUAAUAACUAAAAAUGGGACUUCUGGAUCUGAGGCAGCCUAUCUGACUAUCUUUAACUUAUUCCUUGCUUCUGAGAAUAUUGGAAUCUAUGGUUUUUUUAUUAUUUAAAAAAAUCAAGAUCAGCAAGGCAAGGCAGAAAUUGCUUUGGUUUGAAGGAUUGUUUUCUACAGCCGGUGCUUUUUUUCUCCUCCUAGGAAAGCAAAGUUUCUGCUGAAGAAAAAACGGUAUCAAGAGCAACUGCUGGACAAGACAGAAAACCAAAUUAGCAACCUGGAACGCAUGGUAAUGGAGGCACCCAGUGUCAUUGUUUUCCGGGCUUUUACAGCUGUAAUAUCUGUAUGCUGCUAAAUUUUGUUUACUUGUGCUUAACUUCUAAUUCAAGCUGUCUUAGUACUUAGCAUUAGUUGGACAUCUUGGAUUACAACAUGAAUGUUUAAAGUGUUAUUUUGUUUUGUUUUGGGUUAGGUUUUUUUGGUUUUGUUUUGUUUUUUGCUGAGUUCCGAAUGCAAUGUCAUGUUUUAAGCUGUAAUAUCGGCCUGUGCUGCAGUGUUCUGCAAGCCAGUUUUGUCUGUUCCUCUUCCAUUUGGCUCUGUGGUGGCCUGUGGAAUGUAGAGCAUACUGUCUACUGUGGCUGCAGUUGUCUACUCUCCCUACUACAUAUUGAUGAAAUGCAUCACUCGCUGACCCCCUCUGUUGACUUCUGUUUCCUUCAGGUCCAGGAUAUUGAAUUCACACAAAUUGAGAUGAAAGUGAUUGAGGGCCUCAAAAUUGGUAAUGAGUGUUUAAAUAAGAUGCACCAGGUGAGUGUGAGCCCAGGGUCCUUGGGACUAUUUCAUAUGGGACACUGGUUGGGACAUCUCUUCUGACCAGCCUUCUUUUCCUGUAGGUUAUGUCAAUAGAAGAAGUGGAAAGGAUCAUGGAUGAAACCCAGGAAGCUGUGGAAUACCAGAGGGUAUGUAUUGUCCCUGUGUAUCAUCAUGGAGAUCCUUUUAACCAUUGCACUGCUUCAUUCUUAUAUUUGUAUGACAGCAAUUCCACCCACUUAGAUGCUUGAAAGUGUUUCCAUCGUGCCACCUAACUUGCUUAUGAAGAGGAGUGGAGACCCUAUUUUGCUUUAACAUAUUGCAUUGCAAACCUAGAGACUAAACUGUUCUUCGUCAUUGCCCCUUAAACAGGUCAGAGAUGACAUUUGUUCAUGUCAAGAAGACUGUCAUAGAAGGAGGGAGGGAGUUGAAUAUAGCUUGAGUGCCAAGUGUCUGGGUUUCAGCGGAGUAUUUUGUAGCUUUGGGUCUAUGUUCCUAUGUUACACUGACCCAUAGAUGUUCUCAUCUUACAAUGCUUAAGGAUAUGGUGCUAUUCUGGUGUUCACCAUGCAUUCUGCCCUUUUCCUUUGCAGCAAAUAGAUGAAAUGCUGGCUGGCAGCUUCACUGUAGAAGAUGAAGAUGCCAUUUUAGCAGAAUUAGAUGCCAUCACUCAGGUGAGUGUUUAAUCAGCAACACUGGUAAUUCAUUGUUGGGCUACAUUUUGCAGUGGACAUUUUUCAUCUCACGCGACGGGAUUAUCCAUCCUAUAUACCUGGCAGGUAAUAAGGGGUCCUUAUUAUAGCUGCCUUGCAUUUAUGUUUUCUGAAGCCUUGAAGAGGUCAGCCCAAUCUUCCCAAAGAAGCUUAAAAACAAAGAGGGUGAUACCCAACCAAGUCGUACUCAGAGCUGACCUAUUGAAAUGUAUGGGCUUAAGUUCAUUGAGUAUCGCGAAUGCUGGAUUCUGCCAGUAUUGAAUAACUUUUACAACAUGUUUCCUUGGUUUACCCUUUGUUUUCUUCGCCUUCAAAUGAAAGAUUCUUCCACGCUAGUGUCUGAAGAUUCAUGUGUCCCCAGUUACUUCCGUGGAUGCAAUCUGUGGUGGAGAUUCUGGCCUGCCGCUAUGGCUCCCUUCUUAGAAGGGAUGGAACUUCACUUUGAGCCAUUAGACUACGUUCACGCAAUAAAUGUCAGUUUAUGCGAAUGGUUGGGUCAUCUGCCCGAUGUGACAACAAACCCAUCCAGGGCAGGCAAUUGAUCAGUUUCUUGCACACGGGAACCAGUGUCUCUGUGCUGCCAGAGUUCAAGCUCAGUUUAUUUUCCCUCAUCCACCCCACCACUGCAUCCAAGCACCAGUGCACAACCUCCUCUAAUUCAGAUGUCAUGUAAGAAAUACAGCCCCAAAACUACGAAAGCUUGGAAAUGGAAAAGUGGAUAAAUAAUUGUCCCUGACCUCAUGUAGCAAGGUCUGAUGCUAGGAGAGUGGCAGGGUCCUGGUGGUCCUAAUUUUGGGGUUGACUGCCAAAGCCAAAAAUUGUGGGACCCCUGCUGCCUAAUAUCCAACUCCACCACCGAUCUGGUGGUGAUUGUAAAGCAUUCAAAAUAUUAGUCUUUUGAUGCUUUCCACAAAAUUCCAUUGCUUAUCAGAGUGCACAGAUGAGCAUAUUAUAAACUGCAGCAAGCGCAAAAUGUGGUUGCCUGAUUACUGGUGGGUGCCAGACAAUCAGAAUAUACUGUAUUUUUCGCUCUAUAACACGCACCCGACCAUAACACGCACAUAGUUUUUAGAGGAGGAAAACAAGAAAAAAAAUAUUGUAAACGAAACAGUGGAUGUAUGAUUUUUGUGGUUCAUGGUGUGGCCAUAGACAUGUGAUCUGACAGUGAGUUUGGAGUAGCCCAGUGCAAAAAUCCUGAGGAUCCAUGUGGAUCCAUGCUUUGUAACCACGUUUUUGCACCACUGUAGCCCCCAGGCAACAGUGGGUGCGUGAUUUUUUUGGUGCAGGCUGUAGCCAUGGACAUGUAAUGUGAUCUGAUGGUGAAUUUGGGGUGACCCAGUGCAAAAAUCCUGAGGAUCCAUGUGGAUCCGUGCUUUGUAACCACGUUUUAAGUGGGGAGGGAAGGAAAAGCACUCAAGGGACAAGGAGCACGCGUGGGGUGUGUGGAGAAGGAUGCUGCUAAUAAUGCAGAAGAGGGGUAUAAGGGGAGAAGGCUCCUCUCCUCUCCCACUUUGCUCCUUUAAAGCAAGCAGGCUCUGCUUUUCUCCCUCCUCCCCGCUCAUCCCCAGCUUAGCGAGCUGAAAAACUUUGCUGCUAUGUAGCGAGCUGAGUGGGGAGAAGAGAGGGACAGAGAGCCUGCUUGCUUUAAAGGAACCAACCGGACAGGCUCCUCUCCUCUCCCGCUUUGCUCCUUUAAAGAAGCAGGCUCUCUGUCCCUCUCUCCUCCCCACUUAGCGGCUCUUCUCCCGCUUUGCUGUUUCAAAGCGAGCCACGGCGGAGGGAAGGAAGGGGAACCAUGGAUCCUCUGCUCACGACUGCAGCAGAUCCCCCCGCCAUCCGUAGGCAUUCGCUCUAUAACACGCACAGACAUUUCCCCUUACUUUCUAGGAGGAAAAAAGUGAGUGUUAUGUUGCAAAAAAUACGGUAAAUGGUUUUGUAACAGUUGCACUGGCUGCCAAAGCUUUUGCAGACCCAAUUCAGAGUUCUGGUUAUUACCUUUAAAGCCCUGAGCUGUCUGGAACUGGAUUACUUAAAAGACCACCUACACUCAUACUGCCCUGCCCAUAUCUUGAGAUCUUUGUCAGAUAGCCUGCUUCAGUGUCUGCCAGUGAAAGCAAUUAAGCUGGCAGGUGCUCAGACUAAGGCACAAUGGUGGCCCGGCAGUUAUGGAAUUUGAUUCCUUGGAGAUCAGACAGACCCCAUAUCUUGUAUCCUUUAAAGAGGGCUUAAAGACCUUUAUCUUUUCCAAAGCUUUUAAUGUGACUCAUAGAGAGUAGCUGCUUAUUGGAGUUUGGAUUGUGGUCCUGUUGCUGGCAUUGAUUCCACGGUUAAUGUUGAUUCCAUAUUGUAAACAUGAUAUAAGUCGUGUUGUGGAGGACUUUCUCAAAAUGGGAUAUAAAUCCAUUAAGUAAAUGAAUGAAUAGAUUGACACAGUUAUAUUCCCAGACCAAUAGCUGCCACCCAACAUGAUGAAUCAGGGUAACUCGCCAAGGAAGCAAAAGUGCUGCUAGAAUCUUGUUAGUAACCCAGAACCAAAGCUCUAGAGCCCAGCCAAAUUCUCAGCUUCUGAGGUGGUACAGGGAGCUGCACUCCUUCCUAUGCGCUUGGAAGUUCUGGUUUAGAGUUGCUUGUUAUCCCCAGAACAUUUGUUUCACAGUGUGACUUCUUUUCUUGCAGGAACAGAUAGAUCUUCCAGAGGUUCCAUCAGAGCCUCUCCCAGAAAAGAUUCCAGGUAGCGUUGUCUGUCUUGUUUUCUUUCCCUCAGUUGUGCAGGCUUGUGCUUUUGGUUGUGCCUGCAUGAACCACGUGGCACAUGGGAGAUUUAAGAAUAAGCUUGUCAGGUACUAUGCAAGCACCAACUCCGCAGAGCGCUCUUAAAGCAUCUCUAGAGCACUGACUAUGUCAGACUCCACCAAAGCUUUACUGUAUGUAAUCAUGCUACAGCCCAACACUUGACAUUUGUAGAGUGCUUUAAAAAGUCCAAAGACCUUCAUGUGCCGUAAAGGUGAAGGUACCCCUGACCAUUAGGUCCAGUCAUGGAUGACUCUGGGGUUGUGGUGCUCAUCUCGCUUUACUGGCCGAGGGAGCCGGCAUACAGCUUCCGGGUCGCUUCUGGCGAACCAGAGCAGCACACGGAAACGCCGUUUACCUUCCCGCCGGAGUGGUACCUAUUUAUCUACUUGCACUUCGUGCUUUUGAACUGCUAGCCUGGCAGGAGCAGGGACCGAACAACAGGAGCUCACUCCGUCGUGGGGAUUCGAACCGCCGACCUUCUGAUUGGCAAGCCCUAGGCUCUGUGGUUUAGACCACAGCGCCACCCACAUCCCUAUAAUUCUCACAACAAUUGUAAGAUCACUUGCACUAUCCCAGUAUGGGGAGGGUGGGGAGAGUGGAUUCACAGUACAGAUGAUGUUUGAACAAGACAAAAAAAGGAGGCCAAGCUCUGGUUGAAAACCCUGUUGUAGCCAUACAACUGGUGUUUGGUUUGGGUGUUCAAAAACAAACUCUAUCUGAAAUACAAGGUAGUGGACUUGUGGAGAGUGGAGGUGAGCAGCCAUAGGUGUACAAAAAUGACUGGCUUGAGAACUGGAAGUUAUAUAGGGCAUAGGGAGCACUCAGCAAUCAAUGUGUAAGCCAUACAGAUUCCUGGACCUCUAAAGAAACAAAUAACAAAAGCUGCCUUUACUUAUUAUUAUUAUUAUUAAUUGAAUUUGUAUACCGCCCUAUACCAGGAGGUCUCUGAGUGAAAAAGUAGUAAAAAGAUCACAGCAUAUAAAAUUUAAAUAAAAGCAAUAACCCGAUAAUACCCCCCCAAAAAAGAGCCACAUUUAAAAAGGGUAUGGGGUGUUGAUCAGGUCAACCCAAGGCCUGGUUAAAAAUGAAUGUUUUUGCCUGGGGCCUAAAGGUGUAUAAUGAAGGCGCCAGGCAAACUUCCCUGGGGAGAGCAUUCCACAGACGGGGAGCCACUACAGAAAAGGCCCGUUCUCGUGUUGCCUCCUUCUCCAGACCUCUUGAGGAGGAGGCACACGAUAUAUUAGCCAGUAUAGUGUUAUAUCAUAUCCUUCACAGUUUGGAAGAAUAUCCUCACUUGUUGGUACUGUAGUAGUUUCAUCUUUCUCUGCAGAAUCUCUUACCUCUGCCUUGUGUAAUAAACUUGUAUGCGGUGCAGUUUGGCCCAGCUGCUGUUAUGACAUAAACUUCAAUAUACCUUACCACUGUCUCUCCCUCCUUUUAAAAAGGCUGGGGCUGGACCUGAAGUGGGCAUGUACAGUGCAGUUGUUCUCAUCAGCUGAGGAGUAAAGCUUCAGAACUCUCCUGCCCCCAGGCUUAGCCUCUCCAGAGAGAUUUGGGGAAAGUACUAGCUCAACUUCCUUGUUGGCUGCCCUUAGAACAUACAAGGCGUAGAACUGUAUCAGGGCAGUGACAGGGAGCGUUCCUGCUCUUGGCACAAGUAUACAGACAUUCAGGAGCAUUUCAAAUGGAAAAUCACAGUCUUCCCUGAAACAUGAAGAUAUGUUUGAGAGAUGUUGCUGUGGGAUUGGGAGUGUUUGCUUGCAUAGCAUCUCCCUUGUCUCCUCUAAAGGGAGCAGAUAGCAAGACAGACCAGUUGUAAGACUAGAUAAACCAUUGGUCUGAAUUUGGUUAGCUCUAACUCCAGCCGAGAAAGUUAACUCCUUCCUUUUUCCUUCUAUUUACAGAAACAUCGCCGGUCAGAGUCAAACCAAAGCCAGAACUGGUGGCUGCAUCUUAACUCCAUUUCCUGGGGGAUCCCUGCAGGCUAUCCUGGACUUCCAGAAUGCCUAGGGUGCAAGAGGCUUCCGUGGUGUCCCAUUGGCUCUGAACAGCCACGCUGGAGCAGGUUUCCUGCACAGAAUGGAAGCUGUAAACUGGUUAAUAUCCCAUAUCAAGAUUAUUUUGUAGUGUGCACACUCCUUUUUUUGUAACGUAAACUGGAUUAAAUGGUGACUCUCAAAACCCUUCAAGCCAAAUGCUUUCUACAGACCUGAUGUCAGCUGCAAACCUGCCUCAGACGCCAGCACAGCCUCUUGCUAACUCUGCCUAAGCCCCAUGGUGCCCUUUUGAGCUUGUGGGCGCUGUGAAAAGUUACGAGCUUUCUGCUACCGUGCGGGAAGAAUUGCUGGGAACCCUCUUGGCCUUCCUCUUCACUUGCCUCUCUUCAGUUCUCUGGCUUUUUCGAAUGGGUUCUCUCUCUUUUUUCCUUUGUUUUUUUGGAAAGAAUGGAAUUUACGGAACUUUGGCCUGUACCUGAAUUAGACCUUGUUAGCUUGAUGCUGAGAUGGGAGCGUCACUUCCAAUGGUAGCAACAAUUGCUUGUGCUGACGUGGUAGUGGAAAUACAAGAAGAUUACCCCGUGUCCAGUGUGCUUCUGAGACAAAUGCAGUUAAUAGUUCUAUGCACCACCGGGUAGCGAUGCGAGGCUGCUGGCCUUGAUCUUAGAAAACUGAAGGCCUGUUUCCUACAGGGAUAGGAAUCUAUAAAAAGUGCUUGCUAAGGAUUAAUUCCUGAAAUCCUAUACAGGCAUCCUGUUUCCCCCUUCCUUUUUCUUCCUUAACAAAUCCAUGGUGUGAAGAGCUAAACACUGUUUCAGCUGAAACUUCUCAACAGGAGAGGGGUUUGGUAGUUGCAAAGCAGCUUCUUGAUUAAUCUUGCCCUUCCCAGCUUAUCACAGCUGUGAAAUGGGCUGAGACAGGAGGCACAUCGCCUUUUCUCAGAGGUGGAGGCUGCCUGCCAUGUCUGCUUUUCCUCUGUUCUUGUAUGGAGCAGUCAGGAACAUGGCAAGCCAGUGGGGCUAAGUAUUGCUUUCCUCUUAAUUAUAGAAGACCUGAAUGUGCUUCCCUGCCCCCCUCCUGAAUGCUGAAAAGGGCUGGAUCCCAGUUCGUUCUGAUGGCCUCCUUGCCCUUAAAAGGAUGUCGAAGACUUUGCCCCAGAUCACACGGCUUCAGGAACCUUGAAACAUGGGUCCGACCUGCUUUCACAGUUGCAGCCCACCAAACUUGUAUCCCAGACUUACUGCCUUUUGAGAGCCAGCUGGUCUGUGCUGAGCACGACCCGCAGGACCCGCUGAGAUGGGGGCCAACCAUGGCUGAGCGGUUGGAUGGGUUGAUGCAGUGGGGUGGGUGGGAGGAGAAUGAUAUUGAAGGCUCAUUCUACAUACAGAAGUAGUAGAGGUUGCCACUGUCUGGGGUCUACAGCUCAGCGCUGACAAACGUUUCCUCUGAUUGACCCCACUUUCUCUCUGAACCCUUCCCCAAACCGCCUUGUUAGUGAGUGGAAUUGUAUCCUCAGGCUCCUGGGAUUCAAGCCUCUUUGAAUGUAGUGGGUUUUCCCCAGUGGGUUUUUGACUAAGGCCCCGCCUGUUUUGCUGCUGCAAAGAACCCUGAAUGACUCGCCUUCAAAGUCCUCUGCUAGCACUUGCCCAUUACCAUUCACAGGGAGAUGGAGCUGCUUGAUAGUGGCCCUUCAAGGUACACCUAGACCUUCCCCCACCUAGGCACUCUUUGUUAGCAUUAGGAAGGCUGAGCAGUAGAUCAGAUUGAGUUCAUGGUUCGCACUUAAGUCAUCCUUUCUAUAUAAUGUGCUCAAAGACCAUUCGACCAGCCUUUACAUCUGGGAGACAAAUAAUUAUGGGAAGUGUGCUGUGAUUUCUUACAAGUUAGUUUGUCUGUUGCCAAUUCUGUCUCAGUACUGCUGUAUUCACUUUGUUCACCAGGUGGCAGUCCUACCCUUACCUGUUCCAUCACUGUGGCUGAGAACAAACAUUCUCCGGCUUUAACCUCUUAGUUGCUGUGGACUGCUGUCAUUGAUUGAUUGUUACUACAUUUGUGAGCAAAUGCCAAGGCCUGCUUCUCAAGCAGGACUUUCUCAUUGGCAUUAAGGGUACUGUAGAAGCAUUCGGCUUCCCUACAGGGAUCCCCAGUAGGCUCCAUUGCGCCCAGUUAACUAGGUAGCUCAGUGCCCAGGGGAAAUUAACGGGAGUGUGUUUUUCUUCCUCUUCUUCACUGCCAAGAAGUACAGGAAAGAAAGCCAGCGAAAGAGCCUGCCAGCUCCAUAGGAGAGUAAGGACUGCAGAUAUGUAAAGUGGCCUUAGAGAGUAGCCACAGUGCUAACUAAACAGCUUCCCUCUGCAAUAUCCCCAGUCGGUGACAUCUUUGGUUAAAGCCGGGUAAGAUUAGGGCUGCUGCCCAGCCUCUCCAAACUCUCCGCUUCCUGUGCGUGAGUCAAAAAUUUCCAUCUCUUGGCUGAAUCUCUGUGCAGCUCCUCAAACAGUAAAGCCAGCAGGAGCAGUUCAGGGUAGCAGCAAUAAAGUGUUUCUGACGCCUUCAAUCUCUGGUGUCCAGUCGCAUACCUCCAUCAGCAGCCAAUGCACUUCCCCCCACGCCACCCCACCUUGGGACCUGAAACGUAUAGAGGAUGUUGGCUUCCUAGGAUUGCUCUUACGGAGCAGGAAGGGCCUUUCUGAAAGAAUCCUUGUCGGUUAGAAAGUUAAGGAGAGGAUUGUGAAUGGCACUCUCCUGUUCUAGAAUGUAUGCAAGGGCCGGUUUUGACUUGCUAGUUUGUUAAAGAGCAGCUGGACUACUACAUGGCAUUGUUGGUAACCUUUGGGGAGACUGAAACUGGUGCUACGGAAAGAAGGGACACAGGUAAGAGUGUUAAUGUCAGCCUGUCUUUUGUUUUUGUUUUUCUGCAGUGGGUCUGCCUUUUUGGUGGGGAGGAAAAGCCACAAUGAGUGUCCCUCCCAUCUGCUGGUGCUUUUAUCCCUCUGGGUCCAGAACUUUCUGUCCCUGCCCCAAGGAGUUGUGCUCCACACGAAGCAUCCUCACCCCCCAGGGGAUGGCAAUCUCAAAACAGAUAAGAAAAGAAAUUACUGGGUUUUCUUUUUUUCUUAGGUGUUCCUGGGAAUAAAACUCUUCAAAUGGAAGAGACCAAAGUUUAGCACCCAUUACGCAAGUGGCAAGACUCUAAACAGAGCAUUACUCAAAAGUUGUCCACGAGGGAACGGUGCUUCUGCUAGAUAUCAGCUUGAUAUGGAUGUUCUUCCCGCUGCCUUGACUUCAGGGAGUUGCUGCCUUUUAAACUCUGUGUGAGUGGGCACCUUGCCUCCUGAGCUAGUUAUCCCUUGUGGCCUCCGUGCAUCUUCCUUAAGAAGAGUUGCUUCUUUAUUUUUAUUUCCUCCUUUCCUUCCUUGAGCUUAUGUAACUGCUGCUGUGUGAUGCCUGGCCCUGAUGUGGUUUCUAUGCCAACCCAGUGCAAUACUGGGCUACUGGGAGAAGGAAAGCAGGGAGAGGAUUUUGCUCAGGUAUUGGCCAAAUCAGCGGUUCUGGGGGUGUCAAAAAUCAGAAUGGCUUUUCUGAACUCCUAGCCUGUCUUAUAGAUCAGGAGUGGCUAACCUGUGACACUAUUUGUUCUCGGACUCCAGCUCCCAUCCGCCUCAGCCAGCAUGGCCAGUGGUCAGGGAUGAUGAGAUGUCUGUAGCUCAAUAGCAUCUGGGGGGCUAGACGUUUCCUACCCCUGUUCUAGAUAAAUGAAGUUUUUUGGGCAUUGAAGCAGUCAACCACCCACAAUUAGAUUCCGGGUGGGGACCAGGGGUGAAGAACUUGUGGUCCUUCAGGUGUUAUUGGACUACCAGCCCCCAACAGCCUCAGACAGCAUUGCCAGUGGAGCUAUUGAUGUAGCUAUUCAAGUUGAAAUCCAGCAACAUCUGGAAGGCCACAGCUUCCUAACAAGGCUCCCACCCCUGGUUGAUGUUCCAUUAUCUCUUUAGCUUUUCUAGAGAAGCUACAAUUUCCAUUGAAGGAUGACUGAGAUGUUCUUCCCCUCAGACCAAUAGAGAUUCCUUCCGUUUUUCAACCUUACCUGUCCCUGGUACGUUGUAUUGAGUGCUAGAGUUUACAAACACCGUAAAAGUAGAGCAAGUACAGACUCUGGGGUACACCAAGGCAGCUGAUGAGGGAAAGAUCAUUCUAUACUGCAGCUUCCAGCACUACCACACCAUGCAAGUUCCUUCUCACAGAUACUGAAAGGAAUCUUGCAGAAGUUUGGUAUAUUUUAUUUUAUUGCUGCUUAUAGUCUAUACUCUUAAAGGCAGGAAAGGGGGGUUCUGUGUCAAGACAAAAUAAACUAGGCCACAUCCCUAAAUUAGCCAGUCACAGGGCAAGAAAUGUAUUGACUGGAAUGUAGAUUUUAUAACCCACCCUUCUGUGUAAAACCAGAGUAGCUUCCACUCAAACUAUGGCAAAGCUUUAACAAAUUAACAAGAGUAGUCUAACCAAUAAAUGAUCCAACUG